UCACACUGGAGGUAAGUCUCUCAGUUUGUGUGAUAGUAGCCAAGUUGAACCUCCCACGUCACUGUGAGUGAUCUACAGCCGAGUUCAAAGGACACAAGCCCUGCCCUUGAGUCUGCCGGUGAGAGCGGAGCUGUGUUCUUUAUCAGGUGGAGGUUCUGCUGGGAGUCGACCACUGCAGCCUCGGUCAGCCUGGGAAUCACUUUCUUCUGCUGUAGCUCGUCCACCAACCAGAGUCAAGAUGCCGAAAACAGUCAACGUGCGCGUCACCACCAUGGACGCAGAGCUGGAGUUUUCCUUCCACCCCAACACCACAGGGAAGCAGCUCUUUGACCAGGUUGCCAGGACCAUCGGACUGCGUGAGAUCUGGUACUUUGGGCUUCAGUUUGUCGACUCCAAAGGAUUCAUCACCUGGCUGAACUCUGAAAAGAAGGUGAUGGUCCAGGAUGUGAGGAAGGAAACUCCGCUGCUGUUCAAGCUGAAGACCAAGUUUUACCCGGAGGACGUGAGCGAAGAGCUGAUCCAGGACGUCACCCGCAGGCUUUUCUUCUUGCAGGUGAAGGAGGACAUUCUGGGGGAGGAGAUCUACUGCCCUCCAGAGUCCGCUGUGCUGCUGGCCUCUUACGCCGUCCAGGCCAAGUACGGAGAGCAGGAGAAGUCGGCGCUUAAGCCAGGUUACCUGUCCUCCGAGCGCCUGCUGCCCAAGAGAGUGCUGGAACAACACAAGCUGUCCAAGGAGCAGUGGGAGGAGAGGAUCCAGAUUUGGCACGAGGAGCACAGAUCGAUGCUGAAGGAGGAGGCCAUUAUUGAGUACCUGAAGAUCGCUCAGGACCUGGAGAUGUACGGCGUCAACUUCUUUGAGAUCAAGAACAAGAAGGGAUCAGACCUGUGGCUCGGAGUCGACGCUCUGGGACUGAACAUCUAUGGGAAGGACGACAAGCUUUCUCCAAAGAUUGGAUUCCCCUGGAGUGAAAUUAGAAACAUUUCGUUCAACGAUAAGAAAUUCAUCAUCAAGCCCAUAGAUAAGAAAGCUCCUGAUUUUAUAUUCUACGCUCCACGACUGCGAGUCAACAAGCGCAUCCUGCAGCUGUGCAUGGGCAACCAUGAGCUGUACAUGCGCCGCCGCAAGACCGACACCAUCGAGGUUCAGCAGAUGAAGGCUCAGGCCAAAGAGGAGAGGCUGCACAAAAAGAUGGAGAGGGAUCAGCUGGAGAGUGAGAAGAAGAAGAGGGAGGCCAUGGAGAAAGAGAAGGAGCAGAUGGAGAGAGAGAAGCAAGAUCUGAUGACGAAGCUCCACGAGUUUGAAGAGACAACCAAGAGAGCAGAGAGAGAUCUUCAGGAGCAGCUGGAGAGGGCCGUGAGGCUGGAGGAGGAGAGGAGGAGGGUGGAGCAGGAGGCGGCCCGGCUGGAGGCUGAGAGGAUGGAGGCCAUAAUAGCCAAGGAGGAGCUGGCUAGGCAAGCUGAGGACCAGAUAAAGAGCCAGGAGCAGCUGGCCGCAGAUCUGGCAGAGUACAGCGCCAAGAUCACUCUGCUGGAGGAGAUCCAGAGAGUCAAGGAGGAAGAAGCUGAGUCAUGGCACAGCAAGGCGGUGGAGGUGGAGGAGAAUCUGAUAAAGACGAAGGAGGAGCUGCACAAUGUGAUGAGUUCUAAUUACUCGGCUCCCGUCCAAGCUCCUGUUCAAGCCCCUGAUGAGGCUCCUGCUUCCUCAUCCUCCUCCUCCUCCUCCUCCUCGGACAGCGAGAGCGACCACGAGCACAGCGAAGAGCAAAGCACCUGCAGCGCCGAGCUGCAGCAGCAGGACAUCAACGACCACCGCGAGGAGGAGGAGCGGCUGACCGAGGCCGAGAAGAACAAGCGCCUGCAAAAACAGCUCUUGGCCCUGAGCUCAGAGCUGGCAGAAGCCCGAGACGACAACAAGAAGACCCCGAACGACCUCCUCCACGCCGAGAACGUCCGGGUCGGCCGCGACAAGUACAAGACCCUGCGUCAGAUCCGUAUGGGCAACACCAAGCAGAGGAUCGAUGAGUUCGAGUCCUUGUAGAAAAAAAAACCUCAAGAGACCGGAAGAUGUCAACCAAAUACCUCAUGAAGGCCCCCCCGGUUCAGCAAUGCUGUCUUUAAACUUAAGUGUGAUGUAAUUGCAGCCCACACCUGAUUUUUAAAGACCAAGAGAAGCGUGAAGCUGAUCUGCGUAAGAGUACCUCCAUGAGUUUUAUUAUAUCGGUUUUAACUUUCGCUUGAAAAGCACUGUUUUUGUUUUGUUUUUCUUUGUAGCACUCAAACAUCUCCAGUGUGCUGUUUCAGUCCCAUUGAAAACAUUAAAACAUAUCAGAGAGCUGGUGUGCUCCUGAUAAACUGUAUGAACAAAAUUACAAAUAUUAAACAAUCAAAAACGAUAUCACAA